AUGGUCAGAUACAAUUUAACAUACACUGAAAUCUACCGGGGAUCGGGUCUUCCAACUAUGAUUAGGUUUCCUUGGUGUUUUUUUAGCUCCGUAAUAAGUGGAUUGCGAAGUAUCGAAAUGAGGGGGAUGUCAAGGACAUUUGCAUACUUGGUGCCAAGUAAUGUGAUAGAAGUAGGGUUCGCAGCGCACAAGGCGGCUUGCCGCGGAGUGCAAGCUGCACGGGGCACCAGCAGCAUCAGCACAUGGGAUCGCCAGUGGCUCUCUGAAACCAUUAUACUAUACUGCUCGUUAUGA